AUGACGUCAGAGAUCAAUGACCAAUCGCUACACAGAGCGCCAAGUUUUCACAGCAUAGAAAACAUGGCGGAGAAGGACGAAGACAUUGGAUUCAAAAAGGACACAGUAGGCAAACUCUUGUCAAGUUUCUUUAAGGAGGACAAAACCAGACUCAGUGGUAAUUCUUCGCUGCUCAUAGCAGAGAUGCUCAAAGUAUUUGUCCGAGAGGCUGCUGUGAGAUCACAGACACAAGCAGAAUCUGAGGACUGCGACAAAGUGGACAUCGAGCACUUUGAAAAGAUCCUGCCUCAGCUGCUGAUGGACUUCUAGCACGGUGAAGCCACACGAUGGAGCCAGAGUGUUACCUUCUUGUUCCUGUUCAAAUCCAGCAACUUCAAUUCAACAUGUUUAUUUUCUUUGUAUGACUGCAAUUUUAUAAUCACUCAAAUCUGAGAUUACAUCAAGAUUUUCAUUUUGUGUGAAUUUGAGUCGUGUGAUUUUAAGUAGAAAGCACCGUGUACUGUGCACACACUUUCAUGCCACCACCAAUAAGGCCCACCUGUGCUCCUCUGCACCACAACAGGUGCUUCCAGCAUGCUCCAUAGUGCCCUUCAUCAAAGCCUCCUGGAGCAGUUGGAAGCAAUUAGAGUAAUAAGGGGAGCAGCCAGUCCCUUAGAUGAUGACAAGUGCCAGGAAAAAAGGAGUACCCCCUCCGGCCACUUUGAAGUUCCCUUUUGCUGUCCUGCCAUGUUUAGUUAGAGGUGGGGGGAAGGGCAAAGGGGACCUCUGGCGCAGGGGGAAAGUUGAAUGGGAGUGUGCGUGCACGAAUGUGUGCAUGUGUUAGCUAAACAUGGCCAGAGACCACACGCAUAGAUAUUCUGUUUGAAAGGAAACAUAACAAAACACAUUGGAACAUGGUCCAAGAGGAGCAGGGUGUAAUUCUGAAGGUAAAUAAACAAAGAGGCGAGUAGUAGAGGUGCUUUCUCUCCUUUCACCACAGCAGAGGGGGAAGUCGGGCCUACAAGGAAAGGGUAAUGUGGGGUUUUCUAACCCAAGGGCCUCAGAUGGUUUUCCACCCGCGGUGUAUUUGACCAACAUGUCUUCACUAUGAGUCAGCAUAGCUGUACAACACCUCACACUAUUUAUUUGUGUGGCUCUUGAGUGAGUCACAACGCUUACAAACAUGGCUCACAUACAGCUGGAAGCAACUGCGGCUAAAGUCAAGAGUCCAGGCUCCGAUAGGUGCUCAAGGACACAACACCUGGAAUUUGACCCAGCACCUUUUUAGUAGGGCCCAGACUGGAUUUGUGUUUCCCAGGAGAAACGUCCGCAGCAGGCCUUCAUGAGAAGGUGUGUUUGGUCGAGUGAAGUUUAUUUUAAUGGUGCCGUGAGGACCACAAGCGCAAAGAAAACUGUAAAAACAUACAUUUCAUGUCAAUAUGAGACUAAAUAUCCUCAUACAUUUGGAUAUCUUAGUACAGCAUAAUAAAUGGAUGUCAUUUUCA